CACCGCGGCCGUCUUGAUCGUGAUGGUCGUGUGUGUAAGUCAACAGGAACAGCAACUCUCCAAGCUCCUACAGUCCCGCCGCCCCCGCCGCUACACGGAAGAAUAGGCCAGGUACAAACCAUGUCGGGCGAGACUAAGAAGGACAUCCGGACAGAGGCCAGAAACUUUAGUGCCAGCUUGACCAACGUUUUCCUGCUCAAGAGGCGCGACCCACAGUCCAAGAACUUGCUGGAAAAGGCACAGCAACUGAUAGAGGGACUGCUAGCGGAGACCCCGCGUCCAGUGCCGGCCACACCCCCACCCAGAGCGACCCGUGGAGGGGCGGGGAUGGGUCAGCUGUGGGUCAAGCUGGACGAGCUGAAGCGAGAGAACGACGACCUCAAACGACAACGUGCUAGAUCGUCGGACGAAAAAGCCGGUUCGCCUAAAUCACCAAAGUCACCGAAAUUUCAAGCACCGACACCUGGUCAGAUUGAGGCCGUGACCUCUGACCUACAGCGAGCUCGGGCCGAGAACGAGACUCUGAAGAGCCAAAUCGAAAAGCUGCAGAAAACACUGAAAGAACACCAGACCGUGAACUCUAACCUCAGGGACGACUGCAAGAGGUCAAAGGCCGCGCUAGAGGCUGCGCAGAAGUCGGCCAUGAAGGCGCGGGAAGACACGAAGAAAAUGGAAGCCAGCCUGCAGACGAUUAAAGCUGAAAACGAUAUCUUAAAGCAGAAGUCCUCCCAGCAGGUCCACUCGACGCCCACCAAACCACCGGUCAGCAGCCCCAAGCCCCGGGCUAGAACUGACAACAGGAUGACGGAGAACAUCAGCGAAAGGUGUCGACCCAGCAACAUAGCAGUCGCAUAUACAACAUUAGAAUCACAGGAGUGGAUGGAUGCUAAAGAACACUUGGAGGAUAACUCGUGUGAAGAAGAUGUGGCCACACAGCAUCUCUGUGAUAUUCUAAUGAGUUCAUACAGUGCCAGCUGUGCAGUGUUAAAAAGUGUUGAAAAGAUCAUAGCCUACAUCCUUGCCAACCCCACAUCAGCAUUAACAAUGUUAGGAGACAGACAAGUCACCGAACAGCUCCCAGAAGACUUGGCUGACCUGGUGUGUCAGAAGCUGAGAGCCAGUGCUGACAACAUAAGCACCAGAGACUUGAGUGAGGUGACCAAAAGUAAAUGCAACUGCUCCGCCUUGCUGUCCUCCACCUGGUCCAGCAACUCCAUACAGAAGUACGUCUCCGAGUGUGGGGCUCUCACCUGGCAGAUGGCCAUCCAGAGGCCGGCCAUGAAGCUCCUGGUCACAGACGCAAGGUUUGACGAGUCCAAACACAAACUUUGGUGGUCGUGCAACCAGGCGCAGGCCAGGAAGAUUGACUAUUUUAUCUGGCCAGUUUUGUAUGAUUACGAGGGAGGGAACUUGAUGGUCAAAGGCUGCGUACAUGCUAGCUGAGGGAGAGAACUUGAUGGUCAAAGGCUGCGUACAUGCCAGCUGAGGUGUCCCGUUGUUGUACUGUGUACAGUUCAAGCCGUGCAAUGUAUAUGUAAGAUCAAUAUCACUGUAAGAUGUGUAAGAAAUAUCCUACAUUACAGCACAUGACUUAUGCACCAACCAUGUCUAAUUGUGCCAAAAAGAUUUUGUAUUGUUGAAAACAUUAAAAUAUUCAAUCAAACUUCAAAGCUCUGUAAUGCAAAUAUUUUGUACAAAAAUAUUUUUUAUCUAAUAAA